AUGAUCGUUGCAACUCGACUUAGCACUAGGAUUGACAAAUAUUACAUCACAUAUGAGGGAUCACUGACACAGCCGUCGUGUCACGAAACGGUCACUUGGAUUGUACUCAAUAAACCAAUUUAUAUGACUUUCCAUCAGUUUCAUCAGUUGAGGACUACUAUGCAUAGCGAUGGACACGGAGACAACUUCAGACCACUUCAACACAUCAAUCACAGGGCUAUGCGAACCAGCAUUAACUUCCAGGUUUAA